GAGCCUGUGGUGUCCUCAAGAUUACCUGACAUCCCGCUAAAUGAAUUUACUGAGCACAAAGUCUACAAAAAGCUCGCAACAAAGGCGAGCAAAUGGAUUGUUUGUGAAGAUGCCAUCGCCGUUGAAGUCUGAUGAAGACACGGGCUUCACUUCUGUUUGAUCUGAGCUCAUCAAAGGCUUCAUUUUACACCACUGUAAGCUUGGGAUGUACAAUUAAAACAAAGCCCGAAGACAAAGCAAUGGGGAUGAACGCGUUUAAUGAAGUGUAUUGGGCGUUUGUCCUGUGCUCGUCUAUUAGAAGCGACGACCCCUGUCAACAACAUCAAAGACAUUUAGGGUUUUAUCCCGGACUAUCUGACAGACAUGCGCUUUGAAACACUUAAAUUCGCAUUUUAUUUCUAUACAGAAAAGAGUGCAUUGCUUUAAUAAUAUCCUCUCCAAGUGGCUUGCAUAUGUUAUCAUGUUUUGCAAGUUGCAACAGACCUCAUUUUAUUGUAAUUUAUUUGAAUUUAUGGGUACAUUUGUGGUUGAGCUUUUUGGUUUGAUGGGUGUCCAAUAGUUAUACAACCUUUCUUGCUUUCUUGGCACUCGUUGGUUCCUCAAUAAAUUCGGAUGAUAUUUUAUAUGAUAUGUUGUAAUAUUUUAUAAAGCAAGGAUCGAUCUUAAAUCGUUAUAAUCAGAUAACUGUUAGAUAGAUCAAUAGAUGAACCGAGAUCCACAUUCUUAUCUCAGAUUGCUAAUCACGUCCUAUUUGUUUAUAGGGACAGACUGAAUGAUAAUUAAUUCGGUAAACUUUUCACUUCUUCUCAUUUGCAUACGACUUUGAUCUUUUCCCACUCAUUUAAUCAAACGCAUUUCAAAGCCCCCCAUCACCAACCUGAAGAUCUAACAUGGAAUAUACAAACCAACUCCCUUUGAAAAAGUGGAGAUUUUUUUGCUUAAAAUGUAUUUGCUAUAACCUGUUAAAUAUAUAAUAGUAUAAGUGCAUCACCCAAACUAUUUAUAGUACGUCUAUAAAUCAUCCAGCGUGCGAAUGAAGUAACUUCUGUAUUUGGUAUUUCAUUAUCUCAGUUCAAAGCGGGAUUGUCCAUCAAAUAAGCGCUAUUGCUUUGGUGUGUAUGUGUGUGUGUGUUUGGUUCAUACAAACCCAUUGAGUGCCGAUAGACAGACAGCUCAUGACGCGAACGCUUUGAAAUCUCAUCCAGCUCUUUGUUACGCGCAGUGAGGGGCGGGAGCGCAAACAACCCCGGGCGGCUAUAAAUGACGGGCGCCGCGAUCCCGAGGAACCACACAAGAACCUCAGUGAUCUCGGGAAUAACAUUCCUACUCAUCUAAGGAAUAGCAGAUCUGACAAUGCUGCACGUCGCCAUGCUCUCCACCGUUUGCCUCUUCUUGCUGUGCUGCAUUAAAGCAGCAUCCUCCGGCUCUUUGAUGUUCAACUCAAACGCCAUCAAGGCGGCUUCAGGUGCGGCGGGUAUCAGUCACCCGGUAAGCCCGAGUCCGGAUGAGUUACCCGCUGACAGCGCCAGUCUGAACUUCGCCAUUGACGCACCGCAGCAGCCUUUAAUGUGUGAAGCUGAUGAGGAAUGCGCGGAGGAUGAGUUCUGUUUUCUGUCACGCGGCGUCUGUCUCCAGUGUAAGAAGCGCAGGAAGCGCUGCAUCAGGGAUGCGAUGUGCUGCCCUGGCAACCACUGCAGCAACGGGGUUUGCCUUCCAAAUGAUCCUGACAUGAUUCAACAGAUUGGAAUGGAAGAGUUUGCAUCCAUCGCCUAUGAGAACUCGACUGUUGUGGUGCAGCCAAAAGUUGCAACUCAAGGUUCACCACAAAACCAAAUGCUAAAAGGUCUGGAGGGGGAGAACUGUUUGAGAUCUUCCGAUUGUGCAGAGGGACUUUGUUGCGCCCGUCAUUUCUGGUCCAAAAUCUGCAAGCCGGUCCUGAAGGAAGGUCAGGUCUGUACCAAGCACAAGAGGAAAGGCACGCAUGGUUUGGAGAUAUUCCAGCGUUGUGAUUGUGCGGAAGGCCUGAGCUGCAGAACGCAAAGAGCCGACAGCAGCAAGUCCUCACGAAGUCUCCACACCUGCCAGAGGCAUUAAAGCGAUACUGAAAGGAGUUUUUCUUUUACAAACUUGCAAAAAGCAAAGACAACAGACUUGAUCAAAGGCGAUGAGCAACUGGAUUUGGAAUACUCUUCGUUUCAUUCUGGUUUUCUUCUUUGUCCUUUGUAAAGUAGAUAUAAUUGUUUCUCAAUGGAACUUAAAUAUUGCAGUAAAUUACUGUAUUAAACUGUAAAUAUUAUAAGGCAGUUGGCACUUAAGUCAGAUAUUUUUGUCAACCCUGUUUUUAAAAAAGAAGGUGCAUUAGUUUAUCUUUAAUGUUUAUACAUCUGUUUUGUUUUUUACAGUCAUAUAGAGCUGAAAUGUCUAUUUUAUUCUAAAUAAAGAGCGUAAA